AUGGCCGAUGAUUACGAAUACCUUGCUCCGGAUUUUGACCUCAACUCUCUCACUGUUCCUCGUCUCCGAUCUAUCCUCGUUAGCCACGAUGUACCCUACCCAGCGUCUGCGAAGAAGGCCCAGCUCAUCCGCAUUCUAGAGGAGGAAGUCCUACCUCAAGCGAAGAAAUUACUCCGCGAACGCGAAAAGGUAAGGAGGACAAGCGCUGGCAUUAUGGAUAUGGGCAGUCGCGAGGCAUCUGUUGUUAGUGAGGGCGCUUAUCAGCGAGAUGACGUCGAGAGAGAGUCUAUGCCUCCUCCACCGACCCCUUCAACCGUGUCGACGGCAGGAAGAAGAGGUCGAUCAAGGGUUAGUGCGCGUGCAUCGACAGCGGACACAGAUGCCAGUGCCACAGACACACCAUCGAUAUCUUCCCGAAGAACGAGUACCCGAUCACGAGGAAGGCGCAAUCAGAAGUCAGAAGCUGAGCUAGAUGAGGACCAGCUUGCUACUCCUCUUGCUUCUGGCACCAUGACGCCUCGCGCCUCUACCGCUGGCAAACUGCGCAGAAGGGAUUUGACUCCGUCGAUGGAGACGGAAUCUCAUUUUUCACCCAUCAAGACCGAAUCGAAAGAAGCUAGCGUGUUUACCUAUGACAACCCGUUCCAGAGCGGAAGCUCUCCCGCACCUUGGGAUCCUAAGAUGGCGACAAGCCAGGAACGUAAAAGAAAGAGCAAUUCUCGAUAUUCUACGGAUAAAUCACCAUACAAAGGACUAGCUCGGAGAUCCGAAACACCAACUUACAUCAAAAAUGAAGAUGACGCAGAUUUUGCUACUCGGUCGCCAUUCGGCUCUGCAGUUUCUAAGCCUCGAUCGCCACAAAAAGAGACUGAAUACUGGGUACAUGAGGAAGGAGAAAGUGACUUUAGUACUGGUGAGGAGUUCACUCCUGACGAACAACUCGCACUAGAGAGGGAGCAAGCAGAUUUAAUGUACCCACCUAGCCCUCCUCGAAAGCGGCAGCAAAAUCAGGGUCCGAUCGGGAGAUCACUUCCAUGGUUGAUAAUUUUUUCUCUAUUUGCCAGCUUUGUGGCCUGGUGGCGCAAGGAGAAGCUUGAAAUUGGAUACUGCGGUAUUGGAAAACCUACGUGGUCGUUGGCUGAAACAAAAGUGCCAGAGUGGGCAAAGGUUCUCGAGCCGCAAUGCGAGCCAUGCCCAGCGCACGCUUUCUGCUACCCUAACUUUGAAGCUCGAUGUGAACAUGACUUCAUUCUCACUCUCCACCCCUUGUCACUAGGAGGCCUUGUUCCUCUACCCCCGACAUGCGAACCUGAUAGUGAAAAGGCACGACGAGUGAAAGCUGUUACUGAUAAAGCCUUGGAAGCUCUUCGUGAUCGGAGAGCCAAGUGGGAAUGUGGGGAGCUCUCUAAUAGCGACAAAGUCUCUACUGGACCAGAUAUCAGUGAGGCAGAUCUCAAGCAAGAAGUAGGGAAAAGACGACGGAAUGGGAUGAGUGAUACUGAGUUCGAUGAUCUGUGGAAAGGAGCACUCGGUGAGAUCAUUGCAAAGGAGGAAGUAAUUGCUAAAACAAUUCCAUCAUCGUCUGUCAUCUCCCUCGCAUCUACAUCCGUCACACGCCUCCCGCUCGCGUGCGCCUUUCGCCGCUACAUCAGACUCUCUAUCCUCGCGUAUCGACUCCCUCUUUCAAUUCUAAGUAUCUGCGUGAUCGGCGUGGCAUACACCCGCUCGAGAGUUCUUGCCCGCCGCUCUGAUUUAGCUCGUGUACCUGAAUUGGUCGCCACGACCCUGGACAGGUUGGCAACACAGGCAGCUUUGCAUGCGCGUCAUCAAGCCCGUGAACCUUACAUCCCUAUCGGGCAAUUGCGCGACGAUGUACUCCGUUUCGAACUGCGCGGAAGUCGACGUGAAGAACUUUGGAAGCGUGUUCGAAGCGUCGUUGAAGGGAAUGCUAACAUCCGCGCCGCAGUUCGUGAGGGUCGUGGUGGGGAUGUGGCCCGCGUCUGGGAAUGGGUCGGGGGAAUCGGCAGUGUUGGAAGAGAUUUCGAGCGAAGCAGCUCACGACGAGAGGCUAGCAAGGUGCACUUCUCAGCAUCGGCAAAUCAGGAAACCCUCCCUUCAGCGAGCCCAGAUGCCGCCGCGGUGACAAGCCACACAGAAACUCCGCGAACGUGGGAGGAGAGCAGACCGAUAUAUUGA